GGAAUUUUUCGAGUGCGCCGUGUAUACGUACAAAAAGCGUCGUAGUAUUAUGGUCGACCUGGCGGCGGUGGCCGAUCCCACCAAGUUCUUUCAUGUCCCCAUGGCCUCGAAGACAUUCUCCAGCACCAACCGCGUCCGCGGCGGCAGCAUUCUACCUGCCGCCCGCAGUUACCUGAGUCGAGAAUCGUCAGUGACGUGGUGCAAAACUGUCUUGUCCACUUGGUUACAUACCAAUCGUCGUCGUGGUGGUUUCCAUACACAUCGAUCCCGACUCGGAAACCGCACCGUUAUCCCUGUGGAUUACCUCCGAUCCCGUAUCGUUUUUCUUUCCGUUUGACCGGAUUCGGGCGAUCGGUAUUACCGGAAACACGCACUUUUCGAGUUUUCUUACCGUUUUGCGCUGUUGCCGCAUCUAAAGUGCAAAGUCUCGGUUGGAAUUUAGGUGUGGAAGUGUUACAGCCAAGUGCCAACGCGGUUUCCACGAAGAAAAUUAUUGCGGAAUAACCGAUAAAGCCGAUAUCUCUGGUUGAUUUUCGUAAUUGUAUAUAGGAAUAAUAUGGACGAUGAUGCGACGAAAUUCAAUAAUUGUUCAAAAAAUCCUUUUCGGAAUCUAAAAAGUGCGUUCAAAACACCACCGGUGACACUAGGUAAAUUUGUCAAAUAGGAUCAAGACGCAUUCUUGUUAAAAUUUGGACACCAAAGCUUCUGCAUAACUGGAAUAGUUGUUGAUAUCUAAAAUGUACCGGAUUUAAGUCUGAUUCUACACCUGAAUCGUACCGGAUGUCACGGAUGAAAAAGUUGUGAGGGGUUGAGAACCCAUAGAGACAUGCUCUCAACAAAUAAACAUCGGAUGGAUUCACUGCAUUUCAUGAUGUUGGCCACAAUAAAAACCAAAAGAAAAUCUGUGUAGACAUUUUCGGGCAGUGCGACAAUUAAUAAACAAGGACAAGUUAUUUUCAUUUUUCGCGUGUUAGUGGGUCCAGUAGAGAAUUCAGAAAAAGUGCCAAAAUGUUAUCCAACAACAAAGACUCCGAAUCAACGCCGAUUUGUAGGUGUCGCGUGCUGUAUUUAGGAAGUGCCGUUCCACAACAAUCGAAAGACGGGUUGCAGGGUAUUCAGCAACCGUUGAGGGAGCUGUAUCCUGAAGAUGGAGCGGCUGGUGCCAAAGGAAUUGACUCGUGGUUGAGUGUGUGGUCGAAUGGGAUUCUUUUAGAAAAUGUCGACGAAAAUCAUAAGAAAAUCACCAGAUUUUUCCCCAUUGAAAGCCUGCACUACUGUGCUGCUGUAAGAUAUGUGUUAGUGCCAGAAAAGAACAGUAGCAGCCCUCUACCAUCAUCCACAGCUAGUCCACGCUUCCUACCCUUAGACUCUCCGUUUGCUCGAGCGCCAUCGUCAGUCCAUCCGCCUCUGUUCGCGGCAAUUCUUCGACGCACUCAAGGCAUUAAAGUCCUAGAGUGUCACGCAUUUAUAUGUCGACGAGAAGCAGCGGCGAAUGCGUUGGUCAGGUGCUGUUUUCACGCCUAUGCAGAUUCUUCAUAUGCCAAACAAGGCGAACAAUUGGUGGUGACCAGUCCUCAGAGUGGAUCGUCGAUUUAUGGAACCUUGGGACCAUCGUCAAACGUAGGAGAACCCACUUCGCGAUUGGAAGAGUGGAGGGUUGCAACGUCGUCCACUCCAGCGAGAAGUGUAAGUGGAUCCACCAUGACCAUCGAUGCCGUCGGCAAAGACGAUAUCAGUAUCUACAAUGGUGAUGAAAAUCAUAAGGUUUGGGCGGGUUCACAGGACAAUCUAGAUGGAGGAGGAGGCGGUGGUAUAUAUGAAGCUUAUUCUACUUCCACGGUAGGCAGAACGCCACGACCUCGACAAAUAACUGCCCCCGUUCCAGUGCCACCACCUCCCAUAAUCAAAGAAAAAAUGUCGAAGAAUAAAAGCAACCCAAAAAACAUGAAACGAUAUCAGUCAACGGAAGAUUUAAUGUAUGCACCUACGAUGAACGGAAGGGCGGGAGGUGGAGGAGGUAGUUUAGCGGGUACCAUGCCCAAACACAUGAAACAGCCACAUCGACCUAUGCCACCUCAUCAGCCUCUUUAUAUAAUGCCGCAUCCCCAACAGACGUUACCGAAUCCGAAGUUCUUCAAACAUUACGGCAACACGUUUUCUCACAGACCGAGAGGGAAAGUUUUGAUACCUGGCCGUCCAGUAGCACCUCCACUAGUCCCGAUGGCUCCACUAGUCCUUCCCGCCACUGUUACAAAGAAUCGGAAAAAAAACAAACAAAUGCUUGAAGAGCCUAUCUAUGGAAGAGCAGCUUCCACUUAUGGAGCAAUCCCACCAAACUAUCCUCCGCCUCCAGGUUCCGAAUAUAUGAUGCCACCACCCCAUUUCGCCACCAUAGAGAGUAAGGGAAAGAGCAAAAAGAAUAAGGACAAGUUACUCAAUAGCAAAAAACUGGCGCAAAGCAUGAAUGGCUUGGAUCAGGAUCCGGUUCUCCAAGAUGCCGAUGAAAGUCCUUUUGACACAGGGAUUUAUAAGAGAAAAGGGCACUUGAAUGAAAGAGCGUUCUCAUAUUCGAUUAGACAGGAACACCGGUCAAGAAGCUAUGGGUCAUUGGCCAAUCUGAAGUUCGCUACGCCAAUCCCCAAUGGAGUUUCCCAUGACGCGGAAGAAAGAGGUGAAGAUUUGAAGAAAGAAAGAGAAAUUCUUCAAAUGGUCCAGGAUUUGGAUCUGUCAGGAGACGAUUUGGAAAGAUCGGAAGUUCCACGAGCCAUAUACGAAGCUAGAGGGCCUCUACCACCGGUCAUAUUGGGGCCCCAUCAGCAGAAUGGAAUUAGACAUCACCGUAGAUAAGGCAGAUAGGAGAAAUUUAAUG